AUGGACCAGCAAUAUUCCAAACUCCUCAAAACCGCUCACGCUAUCAUAAAGGGCUAUGAGCUUUGGGACAUCGAUGCCAUCAUGGCUCCUCGAGCCUCAAACUGCACGUACUACACCUUGCCAACGUCUCUCAACCGGCCGAAAAUGAACAACGAGGAAUACCGACAAUACUACACUGGCAUGGUCAUGCCUUAUCUAAAGGAUUUUCGGGUCACCAUCUUCGAUACAUGUGUCGACGCCAAAACGAACCAAGUCGUUCUUUACGCGAAAAGCAACGCCGAGACAGUCGUAGGCGCCUACGAGGCCGAGCAGACAGUCAUGCUGAAAAUGACCGAGGAUGGAGAAAAGGUCUGGGAGGUCAAGGAAUUCUUUGAUAGUGCCCAGAUACAAAGCGUCUUCGUCGAGCUUGCCAAAUACAUCGAGAAUGGAGGAAAGCCUAUCAAUGAGACAACGUAA